AGAAUAUCCACCCAUCCUUUGAGAAUAUUUGUUUGCAUCCCAUAAAGUAAGAUUAUCGCCAUAAUUUGUCUCUUUAAUCUAGGCUUCAUACACUUGAACCCAGUACCCGGGGUACAAGAAACGGCCGCUGCUGGUAUUUUGAACAAUUAAUAAAGGGGUGGAAGAACCCAGCAGACCAGGUAAUUGAAUGACGUUUUGGGUUGCGACCUUUCUUCAGACUGAUGAAGGGUGGAGAAAGCUGGAAAAAAAGUAGUUGGUUGGAUACAGGCUAAACAUUGUCUAUUUUUUAAAAUGAAUGGUGGAGAUACGAGGAAACACGAACGUGCUUAUUAUUGCGCCUACGUUUUGUAACCUGAAAUAAUUGCGUUGUUUCAUUCUUCACAAUUGCUGCCUGAUCGACGGGGUAUUUCUAACAUAUUCUAUUCUGUUUGUGCCAAUCAGCCACCUUCAACCCGUGCCACAGCCGCUUGGAAAUCUUGCCCUUUCAGUGCAUGGUGAUGGGGAUACAGUGGCGCAUUGUUCAGCCGAUGAAAGGAAACUUGUCCCGUUGCUUGCACGGGGGCACAGCUCUGGGGGAGGAUCUCGACCCGGAACGUCACCCAUUCCUUGUCUCCAGAGAUGCUGCCGAUCCCGCUGAGUUACUCCAGCAUUUUGUGUCUAUCGCCAGACAUGCUGUUGAUUAUUUCACGGACGUCCGAUAAGUGGUCGAGGCCGUCCGUUCUCUUGUCCAAUGACAGACGGGGCCUGACCUAUUUCAGACCAAUGGAAAGCCCGCACAGCCUUGUCCAAUGAGAAGUGGAUGCGGGCUGAGUCUCCCGUCCAAUGAGGAGCGAGGUCCGGGCUCCGCGCCGCCCAAUAGGGGGCGGGCCGUGUGGUUGACGUUAACCUCGCAGCGAGAAGAUGGCGGAGCAGCGCGUUGUGCGAAAGCGGAGUGGGGACAACGAGCCUGACCAACGAGAUCACUGGACCCAAGAUAUGUUUGGAAGGAAAUGGGAACAAGCAGGAAACCGUAACAAAUCCAUGGCUGAAGAUAGAUCACUUGGCUACCACCAGUCGAGAAGCCAGCAGAAAUAUUUUACUUUGGAUGUGGAUGAUGAGGAUGGUGAAAACAUGAGUUCAAGCAGCACUGACGUAAAAGAGAACCGUAAUCUGGAGAACGUCUCUCUUAAGGAAAGCAAUCAAACACCUGGUGAGACGCAGCUUUCAAAUGGCAGCAAUUCCUCCAUUAACAGAAAACGACCGUUGGAAGAAGGCAAUAAUGGGCACUCACAUCCUAAGUUCCGUGCUAAGAAGAGGAAGAAAACACCAGGUCCCAUUCUGCCAAAGAAUGCACUUAUGCAAUUAAAUGAAAUUAAACCAGGCCUCCAGUACAAGUUGCUGAGUCAAUCUGGCCCAGUCCAUGCUCCUGUUUUCAUCAUGGCUGUUGAGGUCAAUGGACAAAACUUUGAAGGAUCUGGACCCACCAAGAAAAAAGCCAAGUUACAUGUAGCUGAAAGAGCCCUGAGGUCCUUUGUCCAGUUUCCAAAUGCUUCUGAGGCCCACUUGGCUAUGGGUCGGAUGCUGAAUGUUAAUACAGACUUUACUUCAGAUCAUUCUGACUUUCCAGAUACUCUCUUUAAUGGGUUUGAAACCCCAGCACAAGGAGAUGAUCCUUACCUCUUAGGGUCCAAUGGAGAUGGUUCCUUCAAUUCAGGUGACUAUAAUUCUUUUGGUGUCUCGUGUGUUGCUGGAGGAAAUACUGUAGGUCAGUCAGCAAUGAUUACUCCAUCUUCUUUUGUCAUGACUAGUGGAAAGAACCCAGUCAUGAUCCUGAAUGAACUGCGCCCAGGACUCAAAUAUGAGUUUGUUUCUGAGAGUGGAGAGAGCCAUGCAAAAAAUUUCAUCAUGGCUGUGACAGUAGAUGGGCAGAUGUUUGAAGGGUCAGGGAGAAACAAGAAGUUGGCAAAGGCUCGUGCCGCUCAAGCAACUCUUCAAACUCUGUUUAACAUGCAACUGGACUCAACUCCAUCACGGCAACCUAUUCUCAGUGAAGGACUUCAGCUUCACCUGCCUCAGGUGCUGGCAGAUGCUGUGGCUCGAUUGGUUGUGGAUAAAUUCAGUGAACUGACUGACAACUUCGCCUCCCCACAUGCAAGGAGGAAAGUGCUUGCUGGCAUUGUCAUGACAACAGGAACUGAUGUCAAAGAUGCCAUGGUUAUAUGUGUUGCCACUGGAACUAAAUGUAUCAACGGCGAGUAUAUGAGUGACCGAGGCCUGGCUCUGAAUGAUUGUCAUGCCGAAAUUGUUGCACGUAGAUCUCUCAUCCGGUUUCUUUAUUCCCAAAUGGAGUGUUAUUUAAGCAACAAGACAGAAGACCAUCACAGAUCAAUUUUUAUUAAAUGCGAAGGAGGUGGCUUCAAACUUAAGGAAAAUGUGCAGUUCCACCUUUACAUCAGUACAUCACCAUGUGGAGAUGCCCGCAUCUUCUCACCACAUGAGGCAGCAGUAGAGGAUCAGGGAGACAAGCACCCAAAUCGGAAGGCACGAGGGCAACUCAGGACAAAAAUUGAAUCUGGUGAAGGGACAAUUCCAGUUAGAUCCAGCAACACCAUUCAGACAUGGGAUGGAGUGUUACAAGGAGAACGUUUACUCACUAUGUCAUGUAGUGAUAAAAUAGCCAGAUGGAACGUGCUUGGAUUACAAGGAGCUCUGUUAAGCCAUUUUAUGGAGCCUCUUUAUUUUGCCAGCAUUAUUCUGGGUAGUUUAUACCAUGCUGAUCACUUGUCUCGUGCCGUCUACCAGCGAAUUGGUGAUAUCGAAGAGCUCCCAAGCAUAUAUACUCUCAACAGGCCUUUGCUUAGUGGUAUAAGUAACACUGAAUCACGUCAGCCAGGCAAAGCUCCAAAUUUCAGUGUCAAUUGGGCUGUAGAUGACACAGCCUUGGAAGUUAUUAAUGCCAUGACAGGGAAAGAUGAUAUGGGGCGACCGUCUCGGCUGUGUAAACACGCUCUUUACAGUCGCUGGUUACGCUUGCAUGCCAAGUUGCCAUGUUUGCUUCAAUCCAAGCAAGAGAAGUCUGGUUCUUACUAUGAUGCAAAGCAGGCUGCUGUUGAAUAUCAAGCUGCCAAGGAGACCUUGAUCAAAGAGUUCCAGAAGAGUGGACUAGGCAUGUGGGUGAAAAAACCCAUUGAACAGGAUCAGUUUGUUUUGUCUGUCUAAAUGCAGAGAAAUGUUGGGAUUUUUAGGAAUUGAAAGUUGCUGGAAUUCCAUAUGUCAGAUGUAUUUAUUAACUUUAAACUAAUUUUUUAAUUUUGUUUUUCUAAAAUAAGAACAUGUCCCCUUUUCUUGGCUACUGGCUAGAUUUUUUUAAAUAGCACAAUAAUUGGUAUACACAAUACUUGUUUUAAUUGGCUUCUAAACUGAAGGGUAAUGUCAACAAUUGAUAGCUUCAUUCAAUUGUGCAGCACCUUCCCGUAUUUUUAAUCAGUGUUACUCUUUCAAAUGCACCUAAUUUUUGGAAGGAAAGUGUUAACUGCAGUUUCUGUUAAAAGCUAUGUGGGAAAUAGUCAUGGAUUUUAACAAUUUUGAAUUUUGCUUAAUGGGUUAGAUUUUCAAAUUUGGCACUUAUUGCACAGGGCAUCCUAUUAAGAGAGGGACCAUAUGCUGUGAAUUCAGAUGCAAAAAUUGUUGGCGUUCUCAAUGGUGUGCACAAUUUUUUGAUAAAUAGAAGACAAAUCAAGCUGCAAAUUGGAGGUGCUAACCUGGGCACUCAAAUAAAUUGGAACAUCAAAAAAACAUUUUGCCCUUGAGCAUGAUCUGCUGAUCAUUAAGAUGAUGGCUGAUCUGUAUUCCCCCACACCGUAGUAGCUUUACUUAUCAAAAAUAUAUCAACCCUGAUUUUAAAUUAACAACUAACCGAAUGUUAAUUGCCAUUUGAGACAGAGAAUUCUGAAUUUUACCAUCCUCUAAAUAUUUUUUUACUUCACAUUUAAAUGCCCUAGUUUUAAGAUUUGUGUUCGAUUCCUAAACUCUUCAUCCAGCUGAAAUAAAUUCCUACUGCCUGCCCAUAUCAAUUUCCUUUAAUGUCUUGACAUCUUAAAUCAACACUAUCCAACCCCACCCUUAACCUUCAUAAAUUUCAGGAAAGUAAUCCUAAUUUGUGAAACCUCUACUCAAUGUAGCCCUCAAAUAAUUCUGGUAUAUCCAAGCUGCGCUCCAUUUGACCGCUUUAUGAUUCCUAAAGUGUGAUGCCUGGGAUUGCUCAAGAUACUCUAAUUAUUGUACUAGAGUUCCAUAUACUGUGCAUUCAGAAAGUAUUCAGACCCCAUCACUUUUUCCACGUUUUGUUACGUUACAGCCUUAUUCUAAAAUGGAUUAAAUUCUUUUCUUUUUUUAGGGAAGAUUCAAACAAGAGGACAUGACUUCAUAAUUAAGGGACAGAGGUUUAGGGGUAACAUGAGGGGGAACUUCUUUACUCAGACAGUGGUGGCGGUGUGGAAUGAGCUUCCAGUGGAAGUGGUGGAGGCAGGUUCGUUGGUAUCAUUUAAAAAUAAAUUGGAUAGGCAUAUGGAUGAGAAGGGAAUGGAGGGUUAUGGUAUGAGUGCAGGCAGGUAGGACUAAGGGGAAAAAAAGUUGUUCGGCACGGACUUGUAGGGCCAAGAUGGCCUGUUUCCGUGCUGUAAUUGUUAUAUGGUUAAUCAUCAAUCUACACUCAAUACCCCACAAUAAAAAAGCAAAAACAGGUAUUUAGAAAUUUUUGCAAAGUAAUUCAAAAGAAAUAACUGAAAUAUCACAUUUACAUAGGUAUUCGGAUCCUUUACUCAGUACUUUGUUGAGGCACCUUUGGCAGCGAAUACAGCCUCAAAUCGUCUUAGGUAUGACACUACAAGCUUGGCACACCUGUAUUUGGGUAAUUUCCCCCCAUUCUUCUCUGCAGAUUCUCUCAAGCUCUGUCAGGUUGGAUGGGGAGCGUUGAUUCACAACUAUUAUCAGGUCCCUCCAGAGAUGUUCUAUUAGGUUCAAGUCCGUGCUCUGGCUGUGCCACUCAAGGACAUUCACAGACUUGUCAAGAAGCCACUGCUGCGUUGUCUUGGCUGUGUGCUUAGGGUCAUUGUCCUGUUGGAAUGUGAACCUCCACCCCAGUCUGAGGUCCAGAACGCUCUGGAGCAGGUUUUCAUCAAGGAUCUCUCUGUACUUUGUUUAAGAAGGAACUGCAGAUGCUGGAAAAUCGAAGGUAGACAAAAAUGCUGGAGAAACUCAGCAGGUGAGGCAGCAUCUAUGGAGCGAAGGAAAUAGGCAACGUUUCGGGUCGAAGCCCUUCUUCAGAAGCUCUGUUCAUCUUUCGCUCGAUCCUGACUAGCCUCCCAGUUUCUGCAGCUGAAAAACAUCCCCACAGCAUGAUGCUGCCACCAUCAUGCUUCACCGUAGGUAUGGUAUUGGCCAGGUGAUGAGCAGUGCCUAGUUUCCUCCAGACGUGACGCUUGGCAUUCAGGCCAAAGAGUUAAAAAUUGGUUUCAUCAUACCAGAGAAUCUUGUUUCUCAUGCCUUUUGGCAAGCUUCAAGCGGGCUGGUCACUCUACCAUAAAGGCCUGAUUGGUGGAGUGUACUCUGGUGCUCUGUCAGAGUGACCAUUGGGUUCGUGGUCACCUCCCUGACCAAGGCACUUCUCCCCCGAUUGCGCAGUUUGGCCGGGCGGCCAGCUCUAUGAAGAGUCCUGGAGGUUCCAAAAUUCUUCCAUUUAGGAAUGAUGGAGGCCACUGUGCUCUUUGGGACCUGCAAUGCUGCAAAAAUUGUUUUAUACCCUUCCUCAGAUCUGUGUCUCGAUCAGCCAUGAUCACAAUGAAUGGCGGUGUUGUCUCAAAGGGCCGAAUGGCCUCCUCCUGCACCUAUUUUCAAUGUUUCUAUGACAUAAUCCUGACUCGGAGGUCUACGGACAAUUCCUUCAUCUUCAUGACGUGGUUUUUACUCUGACAUGCACUGUUAACUGUGGGACCUUAUAUAGACAGGUAUGUGCUUUCUAAAUCAUGUCCAAUCAAUUUAAUUUACCACUAGUGGACUCCAAUCAAGUUUUAGAAACAUCUCAAGGAUAAUCAAUGGAAACAGGAUGGACCUAAAUUCAAUUUUGAGUGUCAUAGCAAAGGGUCUGAAUACUUAUGUUAAUGUGAUAUUUCAGUUAUUUCUUUUUAAUUACUUUGGAAACAUUUCUAAACACCUGUUUUUGCUUCUUCAUUCUGGGGUGUUGUGUGCAGAUUGAUGAUAAAAAGAAAUUAAUUUAAUCUAUUUAAAAAUAAGGCUGUAACGUAACAAAAUGUGGAAAAGGUGAAGAGGUCUGAAUACUUUCUGAUUGCACUAUAGCUGCAGCACCAUCUAUUUGUAUUAUAUGAAUCUGAGCAUGUAGCAUUAAAUGAUUGCAGGUCCUCUCUAGGUUAUGAACACCCGAUUUAUGAACACCAUGUAUGUACAAGUGAGCACUUGGGAGCCCAGCAGAUGGAUGGGGCUUAAUUUUUUAGCUGCUGCUGACAUUUUCUGCCAGCAGGAGCUGGGCAUUUGUGCAAGCCAUCUCCCCCACCCCCAGCUCCAAGCCGCAACAAUUGGGGUUGGGUUGAGCCAAGCAUUGCUGGGUACCCUGGGCAGUCUGUCUCACUCACUGAUUCAGUGAGGCCUGCAACUGGAACUGCUUGCUCUCCCAUCAGAGCUGCUUCUCUUACCCUCUCCAAACUGCUUUUGUUUGGGUUACAAACAGUUCUGAGGAAUGGUGCCCUGUCGUAACCUUGGGAUUCCCUGUAACUUUUCCCUACAUGUGUAUAAUAGUUAAUAGGUGAAACAUCUAAUUUAAAGAAAUAUGUGGGGAUUUGGGGAAAAUCAGGUGGAGGAGAAAACUACUGCUUCCACUGAAAACAUGUGAACAUUCUACAUUAAAAAUCAGAAUUAUUGCAUUAUUAGAAUCUGUUUAAUUAUCUGUCCUCCCAAGUAUUCUGGGUUUAGGAAUCUCCUAAUUUGCAAUAGCUGUAGCAUUUGUUUGUUUGCAAACUGAAACACUAUAUAUUUUUUAAUUAGUACAUUGUUCUCGGGUUCAUCUUAUCCAAGGCAAUGCUAUUCAUUCAACUGAAGUGAUUCUUGUUCAGGCAAAUUCAGCACUCUUGUGUGAUAAUUCAUUUUCCACUGGGAAUAAGUGUUCACGAAAGGUCAAAAUCCCCCCAAAAAACUUUUUUUAAAUGUAAUCGAUGUAAUACAUUUUAGCAAAAUUUAAAUUGCAGCCUAGCCAGGCCAUGAAAGGAAUGCUAACAGUCUAUUUGUAUGCCUGCUGCUUCUUCCUGCUCAUUCUCCAUGCACGACUGUUGAUGUGCUUGUUUCCUUCUGUGUAAACUGGAAUAGCAUAUAUUUAAAUGCAAAUGUUCCUUGCAUUAAACCAUUGCACCAGAAUGAAGUAAUCAUGAGUGUAAAGGGUCAAAUUUUACUUAAUAGUACAGCAAUUAAUUGUAUUCCAUUAAAUGUUGAUGUCGCGUGGUGCUGAAAUAAAAGGGGAUGCAAGUUGGCAGUGAUUGGAUCACUUGAAAACUUGUUGAAUUACAAGUGAAAUUAUUCUUAAUUAUAUGCUUUCAUUCUGGAACGGGCAGAAUUUCUUGUGCAUUUAAGAUCUCUGAAUUGUUUUGGAAAGCUCAAAGUUUGUUGUUGUCAGUGUUUAGAAAUCCAAGUUAAAUGUAAGAAAUUACCGUUUUUAUUACAAGGUAGUUGCAUAGUCAAAAGUUUCAGCGUUUAAUGCACUGGGCAAAAAUCUUGAGCAUACAUUUUUGGCCUUAAUGGUAUUUUAUUCUGAAUAAAUCAGGUGUGGAAGAAUGGUAAUUAUGCGAUCUGUAUAUUUAGAUUGUGGUCUGGCUUGAGAGAAAUGCCCAUUCUUCUGCACAUCUGCAAAUGUAUUAAAUCAAGGAGAUUCUGAAACCUUAUGGCAAGUUGUGCCUAUCUGCUUAUGACCUAAGCAAAUAACUAAAGUUCCAUUGCUUUGAAUAUGGCAAAAGAAGUGGGGUUUGCCACACUUUUGCAUACUAGAAUGAUUUUCUAAUUGAACCCAUACAGCUCACUCCAAGAAAAAGACUAGAAAGUAAAGUGGAAGAUGCAGCUCCCAAGCUUGUAUUCAAGAGCCCCUUUAUUGACAUUAUUUUACUUGCUUACUUACUGCCUAUUAUGCCUCCUGGCAUGUAGGGCAGCAACGAAGGUCCUCCACUCCUGUCUGUUCUGGGCUAGCUUCUGGACACUACCCCAGGUCAUGUUGAUUCCUUCAGUUGCUGUUUCCGUAACAUAUUUGUUUUACGAGACAAUUGUUUUACGAUAUUUGUUAGCCCUGUGCUCAACCUCCAACCUGGAGGACCAGUGGAUCGCUCUUCGUCUCGCCUCUACCCUUCGACCUGUCCAGCAUGGGAGACCCUAACAGGAGACGAAUCUCCCGCUGACAUAGCUCUAGGGGUCACUGAGACACACAAGCUCCCCAACCAUGACAGGGUUGCAAUCCAACGGGGAGAACAUUAUUUUAGACAAGUAGAAAAUUAAUGGAUUGAAAUUAUUUAUUAAACAGUCCACUGGCUUAGAUCCUGGACCAAAGUUUGAGAUGGAUCUGAUAUCUUAAUGGAAUUUGAGCUUAACCUGCUUCACUUUAUCAGCAGAUUUAGGAUGUAUUCUACAAGCCAGUGCUGAACUUGAUUCUUUCAGGAUACGUAGAAAGGCAAUGACGAUCCCAACCAGCUGGAGAUCAAAACAGUAAAUCUGUAGAAAUUUAGAACUUUUUAUCACCUUUAACACCUAUUUGAAUUACCUGAACCCAUUCUGCUUUUAAUUGUGGAUGAAUGCUGGUUGCCACAUAGAAUUUUUAUUUAAAAUUAUUCACAGGUAGAUCCUCGGGUUGUCUGAUUUAUAUUAUCUGAAUCAGUAGUGUUUAGAUUUGGAGACAUUUAUUUUUCCUUGGAAAGGAAAAAACAAAGAAGUCGUAGGAAAGAUUUGACAUAUGAAAUCAUUUAAAGAGGUAAAGCCAAUGCUCUAAUGUUAGAGGUUGUUUUGUUGGAUAUAACAAUCUGAAUACUGAUUUCGAGCACUAAUAUUUUGAUAAAUAAGGUAAAUGGGUAUCUGAUGAAAGAAAAGAAUGACCUACCAUGACCAGUUAAAUACUGGAUAGAAUUUUGCUGCGCUAUUAGAAAUAACAAGGAGUUUCAAACCUGCAGCAAUCAAUUGUCCCUUCCACUCCACUGACAUCCCAACUCGUGUGCCUUUGUGUGCAAUACCAAUUCUUGAGUUGUAAAUUCAAUUGACUGCUGUUCACCACAUUUGUAGGGUUCCAAAACCAAGGGUCACAAAUCUAAGAUUCUGAUUAGUAAAUCUGAUGACAAAUUUAGAAACUACCUAGAGUAUUAUUGAGAAUGUGGAACUUUUUACCACAAAGUUAGCAAAAAUGCAUCAACCCAUUCAAACAAUGGUAGUUUCUUCACUGUAAUUUACUGUAAUUAACUAGAAUAUUUAUCUCCAAUUGUGGAGAAGCAGUACUCUUGUGUUGUCUCUUUAAAUAGAUCUGUUAUCCCGUAGCGAACCCUGUCCGCGUUAAGGGUAUCAUCAAAUAUGUACUUUGUCACAGUAGCUAUUCCAUACUGUAAGAUCUUAUUGUCAUUAAGGUGAUGAAUUCUCUUGCACUAUGGGAGUGUAUUGUCAAGUAUCUAACCUUUGCACAUCAUUGGUGAUGGAGGAUGACGCGUAUUUUAUUGCUUCACACGGAAAUGUAGUGUAAAGGUUCUUUUCUGUAAGCAUAUAUUUUGUCACCUUUUUGUUUAAAAGGAACAAUCACUUAAACACAACUUUCAUUGUCUUAUGUGAAGUGAUUUUGUACUUUGGCUUUGGAAGCACCUCAAAGAAUUCAAUGUUUAAUGCACCUUGUACUUAGUAAGUCAGUCACAUUUAGGUAUUUCACUUUUCAUAAUAAAUUAAAGUCAAAAAUAAAAACGUUAACUAAAAUUUAACAACUGAGAAAGAUUGGAUUUUUCCAUCUGUUGCAAGUAUUCAAAUUGCAUACUACAUACACAAUGCCAAACUGGCAAUUGGAUGUAAUAGUCAUAGCAAUGUUGAGUUUUGCUGGAUAUUUUGAACAGUUCUUUUUGGUAGGGGUGAAAUCUUGUUGCUGUUCUUUUUCUUAAAUUUCCAUCACAGCCAAAAUCUCAAACCCCAAGAGAUGUUUGAUGCAUUUAUCAAUUCACCAGCUUUGGCUACAGUAUAAUUGAUGUCUUGUUUUCAGAUUAGUGAAGGGAAACGUGAGUUUUUCUGCGGUUUAGUACAUUAGGUAUACCUUACACCUGGACAAAAGCACCAGCAUGAGACUAAACCACACAAACAUCCUGGUUUCCAGCACUGGUAAUAGCAGAAGCAUCUCAACCCCCCUCCCCUGUGCUGUCCCGAUGUGUUUCUUAUGGAGUCCAACAGACAGCACGAUCUUCUGCAGACUUCUCACCCUGAGGCAAAAAAUUCCACCAAACCUGUGUCUGGGUGAAUGGUGCAGAAUAGUGCACCACAUUCAAUUGGGCACAAAUAAGCACUUUCUCCCAGGGGAAAGAUGAAUAGAUAUUACUUUAUUGUUUAUUUGAAUAAUUAUAUUUGUUAUUUACUGUGUGGAUGAUAUUUAUAGCUUUUUAUGUAAUUUUUCUCUACUGUUUAUAAUUUUAAUAACAUCUUUAAUUUGUUUUGGGUCCUGACUGUUGCUGAAUGUUUGUAAUAAUUUGUAAAAAUAAGAGACAUUAACAAAACACAAAGAGCACAGUCCCAGCUUUGACAUUCAGAGUCUAGGUUUUUCCUCAUGUCAAAGAGUUUCUGCGACACUAGUCAUCUGUACUGUGCCAAUCCCCUCUGCUAUGCUGGUUCACUCUGAAGUGCUUGGAGCCAAGCUCCAAGCAAAAGAUUGUCAAAAGCUAGGCUUGAACCAACAUUGUAGCCUUGGGCAGGCUUUCAGCAAUUUUGGUACGGGGAAAUCAGGGCCAUUAAUAUAAUGCGAUGGGAAGAAAGCAAACAGGAAAGCGUAUUUUCAACAAUGGAUAGUGUUUCAAUUAAUUAUGUGGACAUCAUAUCUGUACAUACAUAGUGAAGGAAAGAAAAAUGUAGCACUAAGAAAAAUGAGUGUUGGUCUACAAGACGUGUAAGUACAUUCCGUGCGAAAUUAGCAUCAAGAGCUUAGCUUAAUGGCAUAAUGCUCGUGGAAUAUGUUCCUGGCACCUUUUCCUUUGAGAAGCAUACCAGAAGCUGUGCUGUGAGAAAUAAGGAACCUGUGGAUCUGAAAUCUAUUAAGGUUGUUCAGGAGACUAAUUAUUUGCAAAUGAACUAUAAUGAACCAUUAUCAGCCAAUCUUGACUUGAUGUUGGUAAAAAGAUAUUGUUGUUCCAAACCUUGCCACAAAAAAAUUGACUGAAGCAGAAAAAAGGACUCGCACUUGUUCACAUUAGAAUUUUUCAUGUUGGAGAACAUGUGUUGAAAAUCACUGGAUUUAAGUCACCAAUAUUUUCUGAAUCUUCAGUAAUUAAUACUGUGCGAUCUUCCAAAAAUGCAAUAAAUCAAUUGUGUGCAUCUGCAAAGAAGUGAAAAUGGUGCUGUUGGAGUAAUUCCUGCUGUAUGUCACCAUUUUCUAUACACAAAUGUAUUUUCUGAAAUCCUUAUUUAAUAUGUAGUAGAAAGCCUUUGGGUAAUGGCUAAAAGUAAAUGAGAUCUUGUCCUUUUUUAGAUAAUAUGUGAGAAUCGAUAAUUUGUUCCUAUGUGCAUAUAUAGUCUUCUCGCAACCAGGUUAGGAAUCAUGGGGGAAAUGGUGAAAGAUUUUAAUAAGAUAUUUGGAUUUGAGCAUGCUAUUGUUUUCCUUGAACUCUGCUCUCCUUGAACUUUUGUUCCUUAAAUUAACCAAGAUCAGGGAUUCUCGGCUGUCUAGAAAUGUUGAAUUCUACAUUAUUUAAAAGAGUGUUGGAUUCUUUCACAAGAGUGGUGGGUAUAGACAAUAGGUGCAGGAGUAGGCCCUUCGAGCCAGCACCGCCAUUCAAUGUGAUCAUGGCUGAUCAUCCACAAUCAGUACCCCAUUCCUGCCUUUUCCCAUAUCCCCUGACUCUGCUAUCUUUAAGAGCCCUAUCCAGCUCUCUCUUGAAACGUCCAGAGAACCUGCCUCUACCGCCCUCUGAGGCAGAGAAUUCCACACUCACAACUCCCUAUGAGAAAAAGUCUUUCCUCGUCUCCAUUCUAAAUGGCUUACCCCUUAUUCUUAAACUGUGGUGCCUGGUUCUGGACUCCCCCAACAUCGGGAACAUGUUUCCUGCCUUCAGCGUGUCCAAACCCUUAACAAUCUUAUAUGUUUCUAUAAGAUAUCCUCUCAUCCUUCUAAACUACAGUGUGUACAAGCCCAGCUGCUUCAUUCUCUCAGCAGCUGACCGUCCCGCCAUCCCGGGAAUUAACCUUGUAAACCUACGCUGAGCUCCCUCAAUAGCAAGAAUGUCCUUCCUCAAAUUAGCGGACCAAAGCUGCACACAAUACUCCAGGUGUGGUCUCACUAGGGCUCUGUACAACUGCAGAAGGACCUCUUUGCUCCUAUACUCGACAACUCUUGUUAUAAAGGCCAACAAGCCAUUCGCUUUCUUCACUGCCUGCUGUACCUGCAUGCUUACUUUCAUAGACUGAUGAACAAGGACCCCCCAGAUCCCGCUGUACUUCCCCUUUUCCCAACUUGACGCCGUUUAGAUAGUAAUCUGCCUUGUGACCUGCUACCAAAGUGGAUAACCUCACAUUUCUCCACAUUAAACGUCAUCUGCCAUGCAUCCACCCACUCGCCCAACCUGUCCAAGUCACCCUGCAUUCUCAUAGCAUCCUCCUCACAGUUCACACUGCCACCCAGCUUUGUGUCAUCGGCAAAUUUGCUAAUGUUACUUUGAAUCCCUUCAUCCAAAUCAUUGAUGUAUGUUGUAAAUAGCUGCGGUCCCAGCACCGAGUCUUGUGGUACCCCACCAGUCACUGCCUGCCAUCCUGAAAGGGACCCGUUAAUCCACACUCUCUGUUUCCUGUCUGCCAACCAAUUUUCUAUCCAUGUCAGCACUCCACCCCCAAUACCACGUGCCCUAAUUUUGCCCACUAAUCUCCUAUGUGGGACCUUAUCAAAUGCUUUCUGAAAGUCCAGGUACACUAUAUCCACUGGCUCUCCCUUGUCCAUUUUCCUAGUUACAUCUUCAAAAAAUUCCAGAAGAUUAGUCAAGCAUGAUUUCCCCUUCGUAAAUCCAUGCUGAUUCGGACCGAUCCUGUUACUGCUAUCCAAAUGGGCGGCUAUUUCAUCUUUUAUAAUUGACUCCAGCAUCUUCCCCACCACCGAUGUCAGGUUAACUGGUCUAUAAUUCCCUGUUUUUUCUCUCCCGCCUUUCUUAAAAAGUGGGAUAGCAUUAGCUACCCUCCAAUCCACAGGAACUAAUCCUGAGUUUAUAGAACAUUGGAAAAUGUAUAUGGAACAAGCUACCAGAGGAGCUGUGGGGGCAGGUACAAUUACAACAUUUAAGAAACAUUUAUUCAGACAAAUAAAUGGCAGUAAGAGUUUAGAGGUGUAUGGGCUGAACACAAGCAAAUGGGACUAGCUCAGAUAGACAUCUGGUCGGCAUGGAUGAGUUGGGCGGAAGGGCCAGUUUCAGUGCUGUAUAUCUCUUUGAAUCCAUUUGAUUUAGCAACACUUUGAGCAGUAGCAGGAACCUGGGGAGAGAUCAUACUUCAGUAGUUGUAAAUUCUACAAGUGGCUAAACUUGGCAUGGAUAAUCAUUUAUCAUCCACCUUGUGGUGUCAAUACACCACUAUGGCAGUGUUAACUAGCAUCAGAAAAAUUUGAAGAUCCAAAUGGAAACUUAACGCGUGAAAGAACUUUCAAGGUUGGAUGGGAGCUCAUUUUUACCUGUCUGCCCGCUUCCCUUCGUGAUUGUGUGUCCUGGCAUCCUUUUUAAAACGGAAUUAUUGACACCACUUGAUACUGAACGGGUCAGCCUUUUCAUUGACUAGCUUUUUGUAUAUUUUAAAAUCAAACAGUCCUACACAGUGCAACAGCAAAUGAUAUCCCACUAUGAAACUAUAUUGGGGAAAUUAUAACUUUUAUUUACUUGGGUGUGUCAUUCUUCCAUUAAUUGCUAAAAUGAAGCAGUAUCUAAGCAAAACAUAUCUUAUGGAGUUACAGGAAAAGACAGAUGGCAGAAUAAAUUGUUUAGGUGAUCAAAACUUUCCAAGUUGUGUUUAGGAGAUUGUUCACCUUAAACUUUAUGGUAAUGUUUCACUGUGUAAUGAGCAGGUUAUACUGUAAUCACUGCAUGAGUUACCAGCACUAAUACUGUUCCAUUUCUCAUUAACAAUCCCAGCAUGAUUCUCUGUUACAUGUAGAAAUGAAAUAAAAAUAAAUUUACACCUGACUUUUAA